AUGUUUGCUCGUCUUGGACGGUUUUUUAUUGAAUUAAAUUUUUUCAAACGAAAUGUUACUGAUGAAUAUGAAUUACGUAUUCAACGAUGGUCAACACGUUUAUACAUUAUUCUAUUAUUCAUAGCUAUGUUGAUUCUUUUUGUUUAUACAAUAUUACAAAUAGAUUCAAUACAAAUUACAAUCGAUAAUCCUUCAUUAACAACAUAUACUGAUUUAUAUGAAAAAUAUGGAAAUAUAAAAUGUCCUUGUACAGAUAUAGCGAUAACAUAUCGAACAUUUCUUACACUUUCACCAACAUAUCAUCAAGUUUGUUCAAGUGAUUUAGUAUCUGAUGAAUGGAUUCAAUUUUUAUAUGAUAGAAGAACAACAACAUUCGAACGAGUAGGUGAUCUUCGUGCAAUUGCUUUUACUCAUUUUCAAAUUUUACAAUCAUUAUGUAACUUAUCUUUUAAUGCAAUAAAUAAUAGUCUUGAAACAUUAUAUCAAAGUCAAUUAAUAUCAGAUAAAUUAUUAAAUCAAGAUUUAUUUAAUGCACAAGUUGAAGCUGAUAUUUCAAUAUUUCAAAUAAUUACAACAUCAACUUUUUUUCGUUCUCUUUCAUUUAUGCGUUCAUUUAUGCCUGGAAAUAAUCUUCUCAAUUCUCUUUCAACAUCGUAUUUUUUACAUGUAUCAUUUAUUGAUAUAAAUUCGCCUUACAGCGUUACAUUACUUUAUUAUAUUUAUGGUGAUUCUGCUUCUGAAACAUGUAAUUGUAUUAACGAUAUUAAAUGUCAUCAACGUGGUGCUUUUUAUAAUCUGAAUUCAUCUGAUAUUAAUAAUCAAUUAAAUGUAACAAAAGUAUAUGUACGAACAUAUAUCGACGGUUGGAAAGUUGGCUGUUGGCCAUUAGAAUCUUUGUUAUCUUCAACUCUUCAAAGUUUUUAUAAUCAAAUAAUGUUUAAUACAAUAGUAUAUAAUUUUAAUUCAUCAAUAUUAAUCAAUCAUUUUCAAGCACUUAAUGUAUCAAUUAAAAGUCAUUUUAGUCCAAAUGAUACGAUUGAAUUUCUUGUCAAGCAAUUAUUUAUUGAGGAUUGGUCAAAAUCAUUCAAAUAUUCAUCAUAUUUUUCUCAAUGUCGACCAAAACUUUGUGAAUAUGUUAUCAAUAAUCGACCCAAACUUAUCUAUAUAAUAACUUCUCUUCUUGGAUUUUAUGGUGGUUUAUCAACCGUUCUUCAUUUCAUUAUUCCUUAUAUUACUCGAUUUCUUCUAAAAAAACCAAAACAACAAUCAAUCGUAAAAACAAAUGAAGUAACCAAUGCGAAUAAAUCUUUUUAUCAAUGGUUUGAAUAUAUUUGUCAUAGAUGUAUCAAUAUAAAUCUAUAUCGAUCAUCAUUACGAAUCACAUCAAAUGAUAUAAAACAACAAAUAUGGUCAACUCGUAUUUAUAUUGGAUUUCUUUUAUUUGCUCUAAUAAUUUUAACUUUAUAUUCAAGUAUUAAUAUGAAAACACAAAUUAUUCAAAAAGAUAAUCCAUCAUUAGAUGUUGUUCAAGAAUUAGAAAAGACUGGAUAUUCACUUACAUGUCCAUGUCAAGAUUUAUCAGUAAAUUAUAAAUAUUUAGUUGAAUUAAAACCAAUAUAUCAUCAAAUAUGUUCAAGUGUAUUUGUUACAUCUGAAUGGAUUGAAUAUUUAAAGAAUAUUAUGGAAUUUUAUGGAUAUAUUACUUACAAUGAUUUUUGUUUUACUGGUACUUUUUUAUUUCGUUUGUUAAGUUCAUUAUGUUUAUUAUCAAAUGAAACAAUAAAUAAUGCAAUUUUACAAUUCGGACAAACUCAAUUAAUUACAAAUGAACUUCUUCAAAUAGAUUCAUUUACUAAUCAAAUAAAUUCUGCUAUUGAACAAUUUCAAUUUACAUUACCAAACAAUUUCUUACGUUUAAAUCAAUUAUUACGUAACAUUACUUUUAUAAAUCAAUUUCUAACAGCUCAAUUUACGAAUUUUCUUAUAACUUAUUAUGAAGAUCAUGAAUCAGCAAUGAUUAAACCGAUAUUGAGAAUUAAUGGUUUGAAUUCAUUAGCAUCAGAUGGUUCAUAUAGAUGUUCAUGUGCAUUUGAUACGAUCUGUAAAAGUAAUACUUUUAUCACACAAUACAAUCAGACUAAUAUAGGAAAUACUAAUCCAUAUAUUGUUCCAAAUUUUUAUGUUAAAUGUUUUCCUAUUGAAUCAUUAUUAGCAUCAACAUUAGAAUGUUUUUAUGAUAAUAAUCGAUGUUUUGAUAUUAUAAAUAAUAUUUCACAAAAUGUAAUUAGUAAAAAUUGGACUCGAUUAAAUUUCUCAUUGUUUAGUCAUUUUCCAAUUAAUGUUACAAUUGAAAAACUUGUUGAAAACAUAUUUAUUGAAUCAUGGUCAACGACAAUAUCUUAUUCGUCAUAUUUUAAUAAAUGUCAACCAAUUUAUUGUACAUAUAUAAUGGUUCAACGAAGAAGUUUACUAGAAAUAAUUACAGUUAUUACUGGUCUUAUUGGAGGUUUAUCUAAAAUAUUGAAAAUUUUAUCGCCAUAUCUUAUUUCAAUUGUUUUCAAUCUUAUUCGACGUUAUCGACAAACAUAUUUACCAAGAAACAUUAAUACUAAUCAAAAAGAACAUAUUUCUGUGCGAAAUCGUGCAAUGAAAUUUGGAAUGGAUAUAUGGAUUAAAAUAAAAACUUUGAAUUUUUUUGAAGAUGAAGAAAAUCCAUCAUUAAAUGAAAAUGAAAUUUAUAUAAAACAACAAUCAACACGUUUAUAUCUUAUUCUUCUUAUAUUUAUUAUAAUAAUUCUUAUGACUUAUACAUCAUUUAUAUAUCGUAAUAAACAAAUAACAGAAAAUAUUUCUUCAUUAUAUUAUAAUUAUAUUGAAUUUCAAGAUAAACAUAAAGAUAUAUCAAUUAAUUGUCCAUGUACUAAAUUAUCAACGAUUCGUUCAACAUUUUAUGAUAUAAAACCAAUAUUUCAUGAUAUAUGUUCAAGUGAUUUUAUUAGUUAUCGAUGGACAUAUUCAUUAUUUACUAUUUAUAGAAAUUUAGUACGAUUACCAAUAAAUGCAUUUACUUUUCGUGGUACAGCAUAUAGAUAUUUUCAAUCUUUAGCAAUUCUUUGUAAUUUAACAAAACAGGCUGUUGCUGAUGCUCAAAAUCUUUUUCUUACAACAUAUGUUGUAUCAGAUCAAAUGCUUAAUCCAACAAUAUUUUAUUUAUCUACAAAUUCAACAUUUAAAGAUUUUCAAUUAACAUUAUCAAAUGAUUUUAUUCAUAAUCUUAAUAUGUUUCGUGAUCUUUCACAAGGAAAUAGUCUUGUUUCAGUUUAUUCAACUAAUUGGAAUCUUUUUCUUUUUAAUUCAACUUUAGAUAAAAAACUUUAUAUGACAUCACAAAUGUAUAAUGGAUGUGAUUGUGCUAUAUCAUCGAAAUGUAUUCAAUAUUCAAUACCAUAUUUUCCUGGAUAUUAUGNAAAGAACAUCGUUUGUUUAUGUAUAAAAUUCUUCUACAAUGAUCAAUGGUUUCCGUGCUCUAUAAAAUACAAAAUCAAUAGAUGA